AUGUACCCAACACUCCUUCUAACUUCCUUGGUAAUUACUUUAGCAAACGGAGAAAGUCGAUUGACAACAUCCAACUACAAAGCUAUUAACUUUGCCAGAGAAAUAAGAGGACGACGGCUUCACGGAAGGGUUAUCAAGGAAAUUGAAGUGGAUUCUGAGAGUUCUUGUCGACUGCUUUGCGUGGAGGAAAGUUCAUGUCUGUCAUACAACUUUGGACCCGGUGAAAACAAGAAGAUGUUUAAAUGUCAACUAAGCGACUCUGAUCGCUUUGCUAGCUUCAACAAUUUCACCGCAGACAACACAUUUCUCUACCGAGGAGUGAAGGUAAGAAACUUUAGAUAGAAUUUUUCCAGAAUGCAGCGGGCAAGUAUUAUAUUGCCUAUAUGAUAAACUUUGUGUAAGUGUAUGCUGACAAUAAAUGUCAACUACGCGACUCUGGUCGGUUUACUGGACUGAGCAAUUCCACUGAAGACCCCCAAGUUCUUUAUAGAGGCAUAAAGGUAGGUAAUUUACCUCAAUUUUCGACUCUUUUACUUAAUUCCAAGUGGUAUUAUGCAUGAUUGAAGGAACGAUGCAGAUGUUUAUAUAUUGUAUUUGGUAUUGGUAAAGAAAUACAAUUUUAGAAUUACUGUAGAACUUUUCUUAUCAUCCUCUGAUUUUGAAAGUGUAAGAUAUAAACUUUAACUUUGCAUUGGGCCUGCAAACUUGACGGCUCAGAAACGAGAUGUAAUCCAGUGUUUUCGAUUUGAAAAAGAAUGUGUUCAUUCGUUAUUGGCUAAGAACAGGAAACGUUACUCUACGCCUUUGAGGGACAUUUUAAAGUAAUAAUGAGUACUGAUGACUAAUGUAUUUUAUGUUCCUAAUCUAAUGUUUUCAAAAAAUGCUGUCAAUGAAAAACUAUAUUUAAAUUGAAAUGCUUGCUUCUCUUGUUGUGGAUAAUAGCUGUAAGAUAAAUUUCUGGAAGUCUUCGUCAUGUUGACACGCAUACCAUGGAACUUUUUCAGAACAAUUCGGUUACACUUGAUCGCCCUUAAUCAUCCGAGAAUACUAGAACGUCUAAUCAUUCGGAAAUUUCGAAUGAAGCAAAGGCAGCACAUUUCUCUCAGUUAUUUAAAAACCCUGAGAGUUACUCCGGCCAGUUAACUUAGUGUUGGUCGCUCUAGAAGCUACUGAUUUCAUCUUAGAAAAUAAAACAGGUGAUUUUAAUCUUAGAAAAUAAAACAGGUGCAAUUUUAAAAGUUGCGAUAUCAAAAAAAAUCAAUCAAUUUUUGGUCACAAAAAACAACAAGGUACCUUUUAGUGAGGCGCUUUUCAAGAUAAAAUUAUCGCGUUUGAGUAUACGAAAAGAAGUGAUUUUGAAAAGCAUUUCACUAAAAAAAAAUUGCGAUAAAACAUUUCUUAAAAUCAUUUCAAGAUUAAAAAAAAAAAUUGCUAAAAGCGACGACGUUUUCGACGUUGGCUGAACGUCAUUAUCAAGUCAAAAUAAAGUUAGUGAUUUUUGGUCUAUAAAUACUAAAAACAACAAGUUCAAUGGCACCUUCAACGUCAGUUGAUUAUCGCGUUUGAGUAUACGAACAAGAAGUGAUUUUGAAAAGCAUUUUUCUUAAAUCAUUUCAAGAUGAUAACGUUUCGACGUUGGCUGAACGUUCAGCCAACGUCGAAACGUCGUCGCUUUUUCUGAGCAAUUUUUUUUUUUUCUUAAAAUCAUUUCAAGAUUAAAAAAAUUGCUAAAAGCGACGACGUUUCGAAAACGUGAUUUUAAGAAAUGUUUUAUCGUUUUAUCGCAAUUUUUUAUAGUGAAAUGCUUUUCAAAAUCACUUCUUGUUCGUAUACUCAAACGCGAUAAUCAACUACACUUUUUCAGAAGUCUUGAAAAGUGUAGCAAGCGCCUCACUAAAUGUGAAGGUGCCAUUGAAUUUCUACGCUUGUUGUUUUUUAGUAUUUAUAGACCAAAAAUCACUAACUUAUUUUGACUUAAUAAUGACGUUCAGCCAACGUCGAAACGUCGUCGCUUUUUAGCAAUUUUUUUUUAAAUCUUGAAAUGAAUUUAAGAAAUGUUUUAUCGCAAUUUUUUAGAGUGAAAUGCUUUUCAAAAUCACUUCUUGUUCGUAUACCUUUAUUUUGAUAAAAGUAAUCAGUUGCUUUUGUUUUAACAGAGCCAUUGUGAGGUCAGCUCUUUCCUUUGUACAAAAAACGAGAUCUGUGUUCCCAACUAUAAAGACAACACUGCAGAAUGCAAAUGUCGUUAUGCUUCUGGAUAUACUGGAAAACCAUGCGGUGAGUAACAUGUCGCACGCUUUUACUAGUUUGCCACUUUAUAUUGACUGAAAGCAUGAGUGAAGUCUUAAGUAUCCCAAUUUGGAUCAAGUAAAAUGACUCAGUACAGCUCAUCCACCUUGGUCAAUUAAUUAAUUUGAGCUCUAUUAAAUAUUUCUUUUUCUUCUAAAAACAGAAGCAAAAUGCUGCGCUCAACUACUUAAAGAUGGUUUCACUUCCAAUGGCGUGUACACCAUCAAUCCAGAUGGCGGUAAGCCAAUACCAGUGUUGUGUGACAUGACCACAGACGGUGGAGGUUGGACCGUUUUCCAGAGACGUUUGGACGGCUCCGUUGACUUCUAUCGUGACUGGAAAGCUUACAAAGAAGGGUUCGGAAGUUUGAGCGGCGAGUUCUGGCUUGGAAACGACAAUCUUCACCGUUUGACGGAUGCUAAUGACGUCAUGUUGAGAGUUGACUUGGAGGACUUUGAGGGGAACAUCACAUACGCCGAGUACAAGACAUUUAAGGUGGCAGACGAGGCUGAUAAUUACAGACUCACUCUCAGAGAAUACAAUGGCACAGCGGGAGAUUCCUUCAUGGAUCAUAGGUAACAUAAAUAGUUAAGAAAUGCAUUGGUGUUGAAUGUGUUAGGUUCUCUCUCUUUGUUUUGGGCCGAAGUAAUGAUCAACCAAAAAGGUUACAAGAAAAGUUUCAUGCACGCUUAACUCUUAUAUUCUCUCUUGAUAUUCUUUAAGAGUGAAGUUCCCUCUGAAAAUGAAAGGUAUAGGAAUUGUAUAGGUCAUUGGGCAGAAUGCCUAUUGUUCUCGCAGUGGCGAAAAUAUUAUAGAUCUCUGAUAUUAGCGACGAAGCGAAAACAGGAAGACUCUCAUUGGUCGAAUAUCACGCGCGCUUUCCUCCGUGAUGAGAAAACAAAAAUAAGUCAGUUGAAUGAAAAGCGCUCGUCGAUACCCUGAAGAUAAAGAAUGCCGAUUUGAAUGAUAAUUUUUUGUUCUAAAGUUUUGCGGCUUUCCGAACUGCCUACAGCAAACUGCCAUAUGUUGCCUAGAAUGAUUAGGGAGAUUAAACUGACAAGGGACUGGUUUGCAUGCGUCCUGGUCAUUUCUUUCUACGUCGCGAAGGUGUUCUCGGAAUUGGUCACCUAAUCGUCUUCCUGUUUCACCAAUGUAUAACUCUUUGCAAUAAGUGUAAGUUAGGCAGUAAAUGACUUGCCGGAGGUGCACGUUAAGUGAUCAGCGAUCUUAAUGGCUCUCUUGGGUCCCGUCAUUUUCUCCAUGUUAUGAAUGAAAGGACAGUUUUUGCAUCGUGAGCGAGCACAUUUGAAAGUUUCAGGCUGGUCUUUGGUUUCAAAUGAACUUUUGACCAAAAAAAGUUGCCUAUGUUUUUGUAACGCUUGAAUGAAAUUAGUGGAGGUUGCGAAAAGACAGUACCAGUCUCUAAAUGGUUUUGGACUAAUUGAAACAUUUUUCUAAGAAUGAUAGAUUUAACUGCGUGGUUGUGAGGGUGAAAUGUGAGAGUGAAUGGAAUGCAAUCAGUGUUUACCUUCUCAGCCGUUUUUAAUGCUGACUGUCGAUCAAUUUGUUGGGCACGGUAUGAAAUUCUUGAUAACAAGUACCUAUAUCUUGCUAGUAAACACUAGUGCAUAGAACGUUGCCUUCAAUUUAAAUUUUGGUGUCUAGAAUAGCCAAAGAAGUGUCGGAAACCUCCCAGGUAUAUUUAAGAACUGGAUGAAAGGAAUUGACAACGAUUACAAAUUAAGUGAGCUCCUCUCUGGUAGAAGAGGUAGAGCCGAUGUAGCUAUCAAUGUAGUGGUCGUAAAGUUCAGGUUCAGUGGGGCCGUGGUAUUGACUAAAAAAUUGUGUUCGAUAAAACCUACGAAAAGAUUGGCUUAGCUGGAUACCAUAGUUGUUUCCAUGCCGGCUACGCCAUUAGUUUGUUUGUACUAGUUGCCAUCGAGUGAAAAGUAAAAUAAGUGCUAGUUCGGUUAGACGGAGUAGUGUUUCAGAGCUAGGUUCCUUAACAAUGCAUUGAUCGAAAAAGUAUUUGAGGGCCCAGAGACCUCCAUUGUUGGGAAUGACUAUAAUAUCCAUAGUGAAAAUAAGUUUUUUUUGGCCAAGGGAAUUAAAGUAACGAAAAACUUCAAGUGCAUGUUGGCUGUCCUUUAUGUAAGAUAGUCGGCCUGGGUGGUUAGGUUUGUGGAUUUUCGGUAAAAAGUAAAUACACAAAGUUCUAGGAGUGUUGAUGGUGAGAUUUUUUGCAGUGGCGAGCAAUUCUUGUUUAGUUAGAAGAUCGUUAGUAGUGUUUUUCAGAAUGUUUUCAUUGAUGAAAGUGAGAUCUUGGUCAACUUUGGCAUAAAAAGAGGUCUCAGAAAGUUGACGCAAAGCUUCUUUUUGGUAGAGGUCGGUCAGCCGAACAAAGACUGCACAGCCUGUGUUGACCGCUUUAAUAACUAUGUCUUUGCGCUUUUUAGUCUUCUUAAUGCCGACCACUCUUAUGAAGAAAGGUUGGAAAUUUGGUGUAACGAUUAAAUUUGAGCCUUUUAAUAUCGUGGCGAUAUUUUUUGAUGAAAAAAUCUAAAGAUGCGAACUGGCCCUCUGUGGGAGUCCAUUUAGACUUUCGAAUCUGAAGUGUUUCGAAAGUAUCUUUGUUCAAGGUGUUAGAAUUAUCCUCUUCGUCGUGAAAAAAUGACUUUCACUUAAAGGCGGGGAGGGAAUUUUUUAACGUCUUGCUUGACUGAAAAUUCGUCGAUUUUUCCGAAAUGGAAACAAAAUUUAAGCUCUUACUAAGAACUGAUUUUUCUGAAUCGGAAAGUGGUAAAAAAAAUUUUCUGGAAUGCGAAUUGCUGUUUUGAGGCUUUCAGGCAAUGAGUCACUAUUUUUUUGAUGACCGAUAAGUUGGUCGAGUUUUUGUGCCUUAAUUUGGUGCAAGUGGUUAAAUAUUUUAGAACAGGCAUCCUGAAUUUUGGCACGAAUAGAUUUUACCAAAGCAACUGGAAAAAUUUUAGAAAGUUCAGAGCGGCAAUGUAGAAUUUUUUCGUGGAGUUCGUUACGUUUUUGGCACAAAGCUCGGAUUGUGAAUCUCAUAAUAUCACCUGGCGCGAAAAAAAAAUUGUGGGCGCACUGAAUUUGGUCACGACAUUGAUUAGAAUGAGAAAAAGAAGAUGCAUGAAAAUUGGAGCGAAAACCCUUAGGAACAACUUUGGAAUGAAGGCAAUGGCCAAUGAAAUGGAUAUGGCUACAGUAAGAAUGGCUAAACGGAAUGCUAGAUCCUUGUCCCACUCAACUUAUUUCCAGCUAUUUAGACAAAAUUAUAGCACCUAUGGUAAAAACGUUAUCAUCUUACGUUAAGGACAGCCAACACAAAUUUUUGAAAUUUUAAUUUUCUGACCAAAAAACUAUAUUCAUUAUAUCAUUAUAUUCUAUCCUAUUGUGCCCUAUCCUAAACUACUGUAUUCUAUUCUAUCCUAUUUUAUUCUACUCUAUGAUAUUAUAUUAUAAAUCUACAUCUUUAUCUCUGUCUCUCUCGCGUCUCCUGAUUCUUUCUUUAAAGCAAUUUGUCAAAGUAGUUCCCUUAAGCAGAAUUGGUUUUCUAACUUUUAAGUGAGAACUUCAUUCCUCAAUGGCUAAACAGAAAUGAGACAGGGCAACUUAAGUCUUAUUCUUAUUGCAGCGGUAUGCAGUUUUCCACGAAAGAUCAAGAUAGUGAUAUAUAUGGUGCAAGCUGUGCCCAGAUCCACAAAGGGGCCUGGUGGUACAAACACUGCCAUAAAUCCAAUCUAAACGGAUUGUAUUUCAAUGGCCAACAUGCCUCUCGUUCUAAUGGAGUCAACUGGUUUACUUUCAGAGGCUUUUACUAUUCACUAAAACGCACUGAGAUGAAAGUAAAAGCCAAGGGAUAA